AUGAGGUUACUUUCCCCGAGACAUCCUGCUAGCCUUGCGCAGAAAGUUUUCGCCACGGUAAUUUCUGCGCUAGCAGAAAAUUUGAAGCCAAUUGCGCAAGCGAUAGAUAUCUUUGAUUUUGGAAUAACAGAAAAAAUUUUAAAAAAAAUUGUUAUGGUUUUAAUGCAGAGUUUUUUUUUACGAAUUAGACUUACCUCCAGGAAAUUCUUGCAUCACCGAAUUGAAUUAAAUUUGUCUCAUAUUUAAUCUUUAAAAUGCUGAUCUGGGUCCUUGACUAGCCAUUUGGGCCUUUAAAAUGCUGAUCCAAUCUUUUUGGCUCGCCAUUUGAGCCCAUUAAAAUUCAAAAAAUUAAUUUUUAAAAACACUGCAUAAGAAAAAAAUGUAAAGAUCAAGAAAAAUGAACAUAAUUUUCGAAAUCAGCACCCUCAAAAACCUCGAAAUGAAGUGCUUUCAAAAAAAAUUCAAAAAAUUACUAGUUUAAAGAGCUACUUUUCUGAAUCUAUGGAGAUGUGAUUAUCGUAGGGCUAUGAUUGGAAUUAUUCCGCUUUGAGGCCGCAGCAGCGUGGCGCAGUGGAAGCGUGCUGGGCCCAUAACCCAGAGGUCGGUGGAUCGAAACCACUCGCUGCUAAUCGCUCUUUUUGCAUGUUUUUGGGUAAAAUUGAAGUGGAAACGGUAUUGGGAAGUGGUUAAAUUUGUUUUUUAUGGGUUGUAUAUUAUUUUAGAGGCCUGUUGAAAUGGAGAUUUUUUAUUUUUUAAGAAUUUUUUUUUGAAAUUUUUUGAUUUUUGUGCGAAUUGGGGUAAAGGGGUAUUGUAAAGGGGCCAUGAAUAUUUUUUGGAAGUUUUAAGAGGUGUUUUAUAUGUCAUUUGGGGGUGGAUGUGUGAAAAAAAUUAGGGUUUUUUUCUUAUUUUUUGUAUUUUUCUAAUUUUUUCGGUUUUCAGAUUGCGGCGGAGCGCGAGACCAAAGGCGGUGCCGUGAAGUACGCGUUCGGCGACUCCCAAAUGAAGCGCAUGGUCCGCAUCCUGCAUUCGACGGUGAUGGUGCGAGUUGGCGGCGGCUGGGAAGAGUUGUCCAGCUUCCUGCGAACACAUGACCCAUGCCGCGCGAAGGGCCGCACCAACAUCGAGCUGAACCACGGCCACGAGUUUGUAAUGCCGUCGGUGAAGCCGGUGGGCGCCAACGAUGUGAUGGGCACGUUCGGGUCGCGGAAAAGCUCGUACGCGCCGAGCAGCGGGCGCUCCACCCCAAGGAAGAUGGUGAAGUAUAAUGUGGAGGAGAAUGUGAAUCAAGGACCGGUUAUAAAGGUAGAUUUUUUUUAAUUUUUGGGGGUUAUGGGGUAAGAGGGGAGUAGGGAAAGUUUUUGGGGAGUUGAUUUUGAAAAAAAUUUUUUUAAUUUUUUUUUUUUUUUUUUUUUUUUUUUUUUUUUGAUUUUUCUGAACAUUGCCGGAAGUAAAGAACGUGAUUUUCUAAGAGCUCUGGGAAAUUUUUAGCUCGCGUUCUGCAAAAUACACCGACAUUUUUAGAUAUGAAAUUUAAAAAAUUUCAAAUUUUUUCUCAAAUGUGAACCGAUUAUAAAGGUAAAAAUAUAAAUUUUGUGGGGGUUUUGGAGCAAGAGGGGAGUGGGGAAAUUUCGGGGAAUUGAUUUUGAAAAAAAAAUUUGUUUAUUUUUUUAUUUUUUUUAUUUUUUUUUUUUUGAAAAUUGCCGGAAAUAAAGAAUAUGAUUUUCUAAGAGCUCUGGGAAAAUUUUACUUACGCUUUGCAAAAUCCACCGAGAUUUUUAGGUAUCAAAUUUUUAAAAUUUCAAAAUUUUCUUCAUUUUUGCUCUAAACCCCUCUAAAUCGAGGUGAAAUUCAAUUUGAAAUUUGGUGAUUUGCAGAAUAGAUAGGAGGUUUCGAGAUUUUAUCGAAAGGAUUAGCGAAAAUCGGUCUGAUUUUUUAUUCAAAAUUGAUUUGAAUUUAAUUCGAGAUGUUGCAGGUCAGAGAAAAGACGGAGAGAAGUGUACCGAUGUUCAAGAAACCGCUGACCCCGAACUCCUCAGCCAAUUCCAGUCGAAGUUAUUCGAGACAGGCUAGUGAUCUCAGUGCCAAAGGUAAAUUUUGGACUUUUUUUGGUGAUUUGAAGGGAAAUGUGGGGAAUUAGGAUGUGAUUUGGAGGUGGGAUGAUAAAUUGGGGCUUGAUUUUACUAUAGGUAUGUAGCUUUACAGUCUGAAAGUAGAUUUUUUGAGAUUUUUUGACGUUUUUAUAUUGUUUUAGAGGUGGAACCGAAAAAUUUUGAUUUUUGAAGGUAAAAUAAGGUGGUAUAUAGGGAAGAAUUGGUUUAGAAUGGUAGAAGAUAUAUUUUGGUUUACUGAGGAGUGAUUUUUUUGAGGGAAAGUUUUGAAUUUUUAAGAUUUUUUGGAAUUUUUUCCACCUGAUGUCUAAAGUAAUAUAAAUUGAUGAAAAUACAAGCUUUUUUGUUAGGGAAGCUGAUGUUUUUGGUUUUUUUGAGUCGGAAAUAUUAUGAUUCGAAACUUUUUGUGGUUCUUUUGUAAUGGCGAUACCCAUUUUGACCUUAUUUUUUCAUUUUCAGACGGCUCAAACACCAGAAUUCCCCGGCCACUUUCGUAUCAAAACCUGGCUCAAACCCCGUCCAGACCCUCGAGCAGAGCCAGCGAUGUCUCGGAUUUAAGCGCUACCCCCUCAAGACUACCCACAUCCAGAAGAACCCCAGUUUCGUCGAGGCCACAGUCCAGGAACGCCUAA